UCGUUGCCUGCGGAAACAUGGCUUCAAACAUGACGUAAACAAAAAUCAAAGACUUUCAUCUUUCUUCCUUAGGCGCUAAUGAUUUAUGAUCACUGUACAGGCAGUGCAAAGUCGAAGGAUGAGUUUGUGUUAUAGUGACAAAAUUUAAAAUGGCAGAGGCAGAGAAAGGAACAGAUACGGGGGCGAGCGAGUCCGUUAGUGAACACAAAUCAGAUGCUCCGCAAGUAGACACACUGGAUAACAUUCUGGACAGUGCUCUCGAAGAUUUUGAUAAUCCUCCUCCAAACCGAGGAAAAUCAACUACUGAUGAUGCGGCACAGAGCACGUCUUCUGAUAAUGCACAAGAAUUAUUGGACAAUAGAUGGACGGAGGAGUUCAUUAAGGAGGCAACGGCCGCCCUAAAUCUUGAUAGCAGCUCGUCGAUAAGUGCAGAAGAGUUUGGAGCUACUAUACAGAAAAUAGCAGAAGCUGCUGGGCAGGCAAUAUCUGAGGAUACAUCUGAUAGCGAUUUCACAGAAACAAUAUCACGAACAUUGAAGAACCUGUCUGAGGGAGCAGACGGACUGCAGAAUGAAUUCUCCGAUGAGCAGAUGGCGAAUCUGUUGGGUGGACUUGGCCUGGGAGAAGGUGGAGACAAUGACUUCCUUAAAUUCAUGCAAACAAUGAUGCAGUCCCUUCUGUCAAAAGAAAUAUUAUACCCUACAAUGAAGGACAUUGUCGACAAGUAUCCAGCAUGGCUUGAAGAAAAUAAGAGUAAGUUAGCUACCUCUGAAUAUGAACGGUACAGUAAACAAAAGGAACUUAUGACACGCAUGUGUGAAGAACUGGAGAAAGAGGACGACACAGACAGUGCUGAGGUUAAGGAAAAGAGAUGCAGUCUCUUACUGGACCUUAUGCAGAAGAUGCAGAAUUGUGGUCAUCCACCAAAGGAUCUUGUUGGAGACAUGAAUUCAGUUAUAACGUUCGAUGAACAAGGCAACCCAGUUCUGCCUUCUCUGCCACCUGGGGCAGAUCCCAGCCAAUGUACUGUCAUGUGACAUAGGAAAACGUGCACUGCUGUAUACAGUGCCGCUUUGUAAUCUUUUAGUCGAGAAAUCCUUGUAAAAAGUUUGUUUAAUAAAAUUGUAUACCAGUGUAA